UCUCUCCUUUUCAAAAUAUUCUCACUGUUCAUAUAUUCCUUUAAAACAUGUCUAAUGAAAUACCCAUUGCUGCAACAAACGAUUCAACGACAAGAAACGGAGGAGACUUUGUCUUUUCUCUCGCUCUGAAUUCACUGGGACAAGAGACAACUCUGGUAAUAUCCGUAUCACUAGGGUUCGAGCUUUGCAUUGAAGCAGAACUAAUAGAGUCAGAUGAUAAUUCCAUGGAAGACAGUAAUAGUACUCUCGACAAUGAUAUCGAUGAGUUGUUGGUUGAUAUCGACUCAAGGAUGCGGCCAGCAAGUAAAACAGUCAUCGAAGGAUUAGAGAAGGUGAAGAUUAGAGAAGGGUUAAGCGAUGAAAAGUUUUGUUCGGUGUGCUUGGAAGAGAUGUCGACGGAGAUGGAAGCUAGACGUCUGCCUUGCUCCCAUAUUUAUCAUGCUGCCUGCAUUGUAGAGUGGUUGAAGAAUAGUAAUAAGUGUCCCUUGUGUCGCUAUAAUAUGCCCGUGGUUGAUUUUGAUCUGAAUAUGUAAAGAAUGCCUUGGUGGAUCAUAAUCUGACUAUGUUUUCUUUUCUUUCUUUUCUUUGAGUUUUUUUUUUUUGGUGCUCUAACU